AUGAAAGCUGUAAAUCCUCUGAAAUUACCAACGUCGUCAUUACCGGGAGACACAGCAGUGCAGUCAGCCUCGUCGAAUCAUGUUACUGAGAAUAGCACAAAUACAAGGGGAACCAAAAUUUCUAAAAGGGUGUUUGAUCCCAAUUCCCCAAGCCGAUAUUCUGGAAAACCGGGAUCGGUUCGAUCAAAUAGCAUGAACUAUAAAAACGAUCAAAAACUCUUUUCUACGGAUGACAUUCCCGAACGAGUGCUUGAAAAGAAGCUUGAAACGUUGGAGAUAAAGAUGAGAAAUAGAGAAAAUAGAAAACCUGAAUGGAAUGCUUCAACAUUUACAACACAUGCCUCCGAAGAGCGGGCAUUAUUGAGAACACUGGCCAAAGAGGACUACCUUAUUAAAAUAGAAAAGAGAGAAAGGAAAAGAAAUGAGCAACCACCAGACUGGAAAAUAAGCACAUUCUUUACAGAAAAAGAGAAGGAAACAAAAGGAGAUGAAAAACUGUCACGUUCAUUGAGAAAUACGAAAAAGGUGGUUUCCGAAGUAAAUGCACCUUCUCUAAUUGAACGAGAACGCAAGAGACAAGAGGAGGAGAAACGGGAACGGGAAGAGGCAACCAGAGUGACCAUGAGAGAACAUUUUUUGAAUUCACCUCCAAUAACGUUGGGAUUGUCUCGAAAGCUGUUUGGAGAUCAAUCAGCUGCUCAUCCCACAGUUGUUGUGAAGGACAUCAUUUGA